AUGCCUGCAUGUAGCAAAAUCCGCCACAUUGUCCGUCUCCGCCAGAUGCUAAAACUUUGGCGCAAGAAGGCAGCCGCCACCUCCCGCCGCACACCCUCCGACGUCCCGGCCGGCCACGUGGUGGUCGCCGUGGGCAUCACUUGCAAAAGAUUUGUCAUUCGAACUACAUAUUUAAACCACCCAGUAUUCAAGAAACUGUUGAUCCAGGCCGAGGAGGAGUAUGGAUUCACCAAUUCAGGUCCAUUAACCAUUCCUUGCGAUGAAUCACUGUUUGAAGAAAUUCUACGAUAUCUGGCCCGCACGGAAUCGAAUCAUCAUAAUUCGGCCCGAUUCAUGAGCUUUGAGGAUUUUCAGAGGUACUGCCAUGUCGGAAUCAGAAGCAACAUUGAGCUCUGGGCCGAGUCACGACCGCUUUUAUAUUCUGAUAAGUCUAUAUGCUAA